AUGUCAUCAAACUACCCACUCCCAUCCAAAGCCUCGUUGGUGCAACAAUUCAUGGGGAAGACCUUGAAAGACAUACCACUCCCUGCCGCUGUGAUCGAUAUCGCUGCCGUAAGGCGGAACUGCCAGCGCAUGUCCGAUGCUGUGAAAGAUCUCGGAUUCGAUUUUGUUCCACUUGUCAAUGUCCACAAGACAGCAGAAAUCGCCCGUCUCCAGAUUGGCGAUGAUCCAGAACAAGCACGGGUCUUCGUGACCAACCUCUCGGAAGCGGAAAAUCUCUUGCCUCUUCUCUUGGAAUAUCAGAAGGAGGGAAAGCAAGUAAAUGUUAUAUAUGGUGUACCCGUGUCCCCUUCACAAGUCGAGCGGACCGCGAACAUUGCUCGCAUCCUCGGAAGAAGAGGAGGUAUUAUCCGGCUGGUGGUCCAGCAUGCAUCGCAAAUACCACUUUUGCAACAGAUAUCCCGACUUGCAGGCUAUCCAGUGUACGUUUACAUCCAUGUGGAUGUUGAUGACGAACCCUGUGGUGUUCGUCCAGGGAGUCAAGCGUUUCAGGAUCUCUUCUCUCAGAUAGAGCGGAUCGUGCUGCAGGAAGGACCGAUUUCAUUCGUGGGCCCGGGAUUCUACUGCCCCCAGGAACACGGGGAGUUUGUCUUAGAUCCCAAGGAGUUGUUCAGGCCACUCAACAAGCAGCUGUCCGGCUUGCUAGGGGGCUCGCCAGUCCAAAACCUUAGAUUUUCGAUCAAUGCUACUGCCGCCAUCGUACACAUCUCCGAGCUGUUAACGGGCGAGCCAGAGGACGACAAAAGAGAAGCGACAGAGGCCUUGCGAGCAACACUGACUGCUAUUUCUCAAGCAGACAGUUUUGUCGAGGUCCACGACGGCGAUUAUACCCUGAUGGAUCUUAACGCUCUAGCCAGAAAGGAAGUUCUCGGCUUGGGAAAGGCAAGUUCUCGAGAUUUGCAAUCUGUUGCGCUGACCAUCCUCACUGAAGUUUGCUGCAUCUAUACAAGACGUGAAGAAGGUGGUUUCGUCACAGAGGAAGACGAUAGAGGCGAGGCACUUGUUUCCCUCGGAAGUUCCACGUUGGGACCAGAACCUUCCAGGCUGUAUGUGGGAUAUGGUCUCGUGAGCCACUGGAAUUUGGCACCUGAACUUUGGGACUUUAUCGACGGCUUCAGCAGCUUCCACCUAUCUCGCGUAACACCAGAGUGCAGUGUGUUGAAGUGGGACGGCCCUCCAGAAUUGGUGCCACAACUUCAGUCCGGCCAAAGACUACGGGUAUACCCAAAUGAUGCUGCCAAAGCUAGUCAGGAAUUUGGGUGGUAUUUCGUGAUAAACUCAAGUAAAGUAGGGAGAGAAGAUGAGAUAGUCGACAUUUUUGUGAGAUGGAGAUGA